ACUGGAAGUUUUCAUGCUUAUUUUUCUGGUCUAUCUCAUAAGCAAGCAGGUUUUGGGAUUCAGUUGCUCUAAGUUGCUAGCUGCCUGCUGUAACCAAUAGGUUAUCACCUGUAGCCUGGCAGUGAACAAGAUGCAAAGUGCUUCUGAUAAAGGAGUCAUGAGUACUUUGUUUUUACAUUUGUUUCAAGAUUAAUACACGUACGUACAUUCCUAUUUGCUUUAAGAAAUCUUUGAUUUGUUUGAAUCUUGAUUCACAUGAAACAUGUCAUUUAGAAGUAACAAUGUAACACCUUCAGAACAAAUUUCAUAUCUUAUCAGCUUUAAUCAGACUGUGACGACAGGAGUUUUGAAGUAUGAAGUGGUCUCAAUGUCACACCUUUGACUGCUGGUAUAAGAACAAGCCAGUUGCUGCUCACUCACGUUGAAAGAAGAAUUAAGAGAGAGAUCAUGGCUGGCUGGCAGUGUUUCCUUGCUAUUUUCUUGAGUGUUCUUGUUUCAGUCUCUGCUUUUCCUUCCCAGAAUGUGAAGGAUCAUCAGCAAAUUGCUCAAAACAAGGAAGAAAGGUCUUUGGAAAUGAAAGUUGAUUCAAGUAACACAGAAUUGCAAACCAUCAUAGCCCACGCUAUACAAGAAUUUAGCAAGAAGUCUUCAUUCAUCUACAAAAUUGUGCAGAAUGUGAAAGCUGAUGUAAAGGUAAAUGAAGGAACUGCAUACAUUUUUGAUAUCGUUUUGGGAAAAACUGAUUGCCGAGUCGUCCAAAGUGAGAAACCAAAUGUAAACUGCCAAAUAAUUCGGACCGAAGACCAGGCGGAGUUCUACCUGUGUCACUUUAUCGUGUGGCAAGCAUCUGAUUCCAAAAAGGAACACAUGUUGUCAAGUAAUUGCAAGAAACUUGAUCUGUAAUGCCUGUUGUUCAGACUUCUACAAUGAAGAAAAUGUACCUGAAUCAAUCUUUCAUGAUUUUCUGUGCCUGAAUUAACAGUUAACAUUAAGAGCCUUUCAUCUGGUUAUUGAAAUAUCAAAGCAUAGAUGACUUAAUAAAAUAUCUAAUGUGUUGUUACCUGUGUAAGACCAGCUAGUUGAUUCUCUGGUCUCUGAAACAAUGGACUGUGAAAAGUCAAUUAAUUGCUUUAACAUGAACAGUACUUCAUAAUAAAGUCGUGAUCAUCCCUAAAA